ACCAAAGCGUAAACUUGUGUGAUUGAGUUCAAUGUGAGAUUUCUACAUUUUUAUCGAUUUUUUUUGCAUCAAUCCCACGUUCUUUACGAAAAGUUUUUCCCCAGAGACCACAACACUACUUUUGCCGCUUUGAGUUUCGAGUGUGAAAAUAGCAGCCACUUGACCAAUCAGAGAGAAGAAUCAGUGACGUCAUCCCGACAGCAAGAACAGCAGGGGGAGUCAGGGCGGCGUACAUGAUGAAUCUCCAGAAGAUGUUUCUGCUACCUUUUAGUUUCUUUGGCUUGUCCUUUUUGUUUGAAAAUGCCUUAGCUGGGGGCAAGUACAUCUUUGAUGCUUUCCAAGAUCCCAAACGCGAUGCCUUUCUCUGGGAAACCUUCCCGGAAGAUUUUCUGUGGGGUGCAGCAACUUCGUCAUACCAGAUAGAAGGGGCGUGGGAUGCUGACGGGAAAGGCCCAAGCAUCUGGGAUACCUUCAGCCACGAGGGUGGCAGGGUUUAUCAGAAUCAAACGGGUGAUGAGGCGAGCAGCAGCUACCACAAGCUGGAGCGUGACAUUGAGAUGCUGAAGGAGCUGGGUGUGAAGGCCUAUCGCUUCUCACUAUCCUGGCCCCGGAUCCUGCCUAACGGCACGGCCAAGAGCUUCAACAAGGCUGGGGUAGACUACUACAACAGACUCCUUGACGCCUUGACAGAGGGAGGAAUUCAGGCUAUGGUGACACUCUACCACUGGGAUCUCCCGCAAGAUCUCCAGGACAUUGGCGGCUGGGAAAAUGAGAUGAUGGUUGGUUACUUUGGUGAUUAUGCUGACAUCUGCUUCCGAGAGUUUGGAGACAGGGUCAAGCUAUGGGUCACCUUCAAUGAGCAGAUUAUUUUCACCACCCAGGGUUAUGAGAUUGGGAACCACGCCCCUGGACUCAAGCACAGUGGCUAUGGGGCCUACAGGGCUGGGCAUACAACCAUCAAAGCCCAUGCACAGGCAUGGCACAUUUAUGACCAAAGGUACAGAUCCAAGCAACAAGGUAAAGUGUCGGCAGUCUUUCUCUCAAAUUGGUUCGAGCCAAAGACUGACUCUGUUGGUGACAAACUGGCUGCAAAGCGGGCUACCGAAAUCAACUUUGGUUGGUUUGCCCAUCCCAUCUUAGUUGACGGGGAUUACCCAGCCCACAUGAAGGAGUAUGUGGCCAAUGUGAGCCGUCUCCAGGGACUGACGACAUCCCGUCUGCCUGAGUUCACGGAGAGCGAGAAGAAGAUGAUUGCCGGCACCUACGACUUCCUGGGCCUGAACCACUACACUACGUCCUAUGUGAGCCACCGAGCAACAGCUGAUCCCCGAGUGGCCAGCUUCACCUUGGAUUACGACUUGGAACUGUCAGAGGACGAGGCCUGGCCCAAGGCAGCCUCAUCCUGGCUGAGCAUUGUCCCCUGGGGGCUUCGCAGGCUGCUAGUAUGGAUCAAGGACAGGUAUGGAGACAUGCCCAUCUACAUCACAGAAAAUGGGAUGUCGCAGAGUGAAAUGAAUACCAAUGAUGAAUUAAGAGUCAAAUACUUCCAGUCCUACAUCAACGAGAUGCUUAAAGCUCAUCUGAUUGAUGGUGUGAAUGUCAAAGGAUACUUUGCCUGGUCACUCAUGGACAACUUUGAGUGGGCUGAGGGAUACAGGGAGAAAUUUGGUCUGUACCAGGUAGACUUUGAUGACCCUAAACGGCCUAGGACACCGAGGGCUUCCGCGAGGGCGUAUGGGGAGAUCAUCAAAAAUAAUGGGUUUAUUCAGUCAGGAUCAAAAGAGAAGACGGAAUUAUAGUGAAGGAUCAAAGCAUCAUGAACUGAGCUUUGAACUGUCCCAAAUCCCUCAGAAUCCACAUGGAUUUUUGGGAGGAUUUGGCAGGAUGGAGGUUAGAAUCCAGUCUAACGGCAUGCAGAUCGAUGCCUCUUAAAAGAUCACCGGCAUGAAUAAACAUGUGCUAGUGGACUCCUGAUCAGUGGAGGAGUUGAGAUGAUGUAGGAAACUAAAAAAAAAACAGGGAGAGUGGGUUAAUGACCAUGGAGGAAAGUACAGUCAGUGCAGUUUAUUACAAUGAAAUCCUGGAAACCUUCGUACAUGUAUGUAUACAAUUUAACGCAACCUUUCAUUUUUGUUUCACCGGCUUAAUUAAAGAGUACAUGUAUU